AGAAAAUCAUACAUUUUAACAGAGAAUAAUAAUAAUAAUUAAGUAUGAGAGUAGAGAAAGGAACCAAACACUAUCUGAUCACUGAAUUAUGUUAUAAUAGUGACUAUUCUAAAAAUUUGUUUAAUUAUCAUCUAGUUACUUCAGCAAUUCGUAUUACAUACUAACUUAUUGAAAUGCCAUGUAUACGUGAUCCAUUUCCAUGGUGGUUGCCAUUAGCUUUAUCAUGUUCCAUUGUAUUGAUCACAAUAUUCAUAGGUAUAUUUCGUUGGCUAUACAAAAUUUAUUCACGACAUAAACGUCUUAAAAUUAGAUCAUCACGACAACUCAUACAAUACAAACAAUUGUCACCAUUAUCCAUUGAUAAUCAGCGUACUUUAAGUCUACAAAGUACAAACGAUGAUGUAACAGAUGAUUAUCCAAGUUUAUUUGCCGAUCAUAAAGAUGAUCAAGAAUUUGAUGAAUUUACUGAAUCUGAAGAAAAUAUUGAUUCCAUGCACAAAAACUGUUCACCCAGUAGAUAUUUAAUAAAUCGUAAUAAGAAAUUACGUCGCAUUAAAACAAUGAAUAGUAAAAAACCUGAUAUAUCAACAUUACCAAUAAUUAAGAUUAAUGACAUACAUCUGCCUCAUCAUCACCACCACCACCACCAACAACAACAACAGCAACAACAAGAACAACAACCACAUAAACCAUUAUUGCACAAGAGUAAUAGUGUGAAUUCAUCAAAAGCACCUUUAUCUGAUUUACAAUCAUCUCCAUCCUGUUUGGAAACACAAAGCGAUACAACAUAUAUCAAUGAUUUUUUCACUGUAAAACCAACAAAUAAUGAUAUAUUACUGUCGGAAAAUUCAACUCCAUCUUAUUGGGAAGAAUCAAAUCAAUGCAAUUGGUUUGUUAAUUGGUUUAAGUAUACUCGUUUAGGUAUGUCAGCUAGACAACAACUGAAUAUGAAACUAUAUUGUGAACGAUUUACUACAGUCUCAUAUCCAGCUGGUAAAAUAAUGUUAACUAUCUAUAUUGUUCUCAGUACGGUCUCCUGGCUAUUUUAUGUAGUUGAAAAUAGAAAUAAUCCUCCUGUGAGUAUACGUGGUAUAUGUCAUACAUUACGUUCGAAAAUCCUCAGUUGGAUCAAUUUCGGUAUCAAUUUGUUCUGCUUGGGUUAUUAUAUUUUAAAGCUGUGUGCAGCUACUGAUCGGGUUCGUUUUGUUCUCAGUUUUUCUUCUCUGAUCGAUAUAAUUUCAAUCCCACCGGCUUUAUGCAGUGUUUUUGAAACACAUCGUCAUAUUGACUUGAAUUUUCUUCGAUCAAUGUGCUUUUUGUAUUAUGUUGAUACACUCACUUAUUUGGGUGUGAUAACGUCAAAUCAAGGAAUUCAGUCAGCUCGUAUUGUGUUCACAUUGUUCACCAUAUGGAUGGUUGGUAGUGGGAUAAUGCACGUGAUUGAACAUUUGGGAGAUUUUUGGUUGAAUGAAAAUCAUCGUGGUACAUGGAGUUACUUCGAGUCUUGUUAUUUUCUUUUAGUAACAUUAUCUACUGUUGGUUACGGUGAUUAUGUAACCCACUCAACAUUGGGGAGAUUAUUUAUUUGUAUAUUUAUACCAGUUGCUAUGGGUGUUUCUGCAAGUUUUGUACCAGAAUUAUUUCGUAAUUUCAAUAAUAACUAUACUAAUUCUUCGGAUCGAUACGAACCAAUUUCAGGUGAACGACAUGUUAUCGUCUGCGGAAAUUUCGAUAACGAAAGUAUACGAGCUUUUAUCAAAGGUUUUCUUUACGGAUGUCAAGCCAAGGGACGUAUGAGAAUAAAUAUGGUACUCUUGAGACCAAUACCAUUGGAUUAUGCACUGAAAGCAAUUCUUAGUCCAUAUCAUGCAUGGGUUCGAUAUUUUCUUGGUACACCGAAUAACCCACACGAUUUAGCCAGAACUAAAUUAAAAGAAGCACGAGCAGCAUUCAUAUUAGCCACACCAAAUACAAAGUUUCGUGAUGAUGAAGACAGCGCAAAUAUAAUGCAAGCGAUUGCAAUAAAGGCUAGAAAAAAGAAUUUACGCGUUAUUUUGCAAUUACAUUAUUUUAGAAAUAAGUGUUUAAUGAAUAAUUUUCCACGUUGGACAUAUUUAGCCAACGAUAUGGUAGUUUGUAUGGAAGAACUAAAAUUAGGUUUAAUGGCGUACAAUUGUCUAGCACCGGGUUUCUCAACGUUGAUUGUAAAUCUUCUAAAUGCACAUGGAAGUAAACCAAAAAUAUUUGAAUAUGAACGUUGGAGGAUAGAAUAUGAGUAUGGAUUUCGAAUGCAACUACAUGAUGUUGGUAUUAGUCAUGAAUUUUCGAACCUAUUUGUUAGAGAUUUAGCUAUUUUUGUUUAUGAAAAGUGGAAUCUUAUUCUACUAGCCAUACGUAUCAAUGGGCUAGAAAAAUCUUCAAUGCUUAUAAAUCCAAUUGAAGUAAACUGUCCAGUGAAUAAUAAUUCAAUGCGCGCUAUAGUUAUAUCUAGUGAUUAUAGUUCUGCUUUAAACUUGCAGUAUUAUUGCAUAACAUGUGAAGGACAUCUAAUUGGUCAACCAUGCAGAUGUAGUCGUCCUGUGUUAGAAAAAAGAAGAAAGAUAACAAUUGCUAGAGACUUAGCACUAUAUGAGCAAAUUGGGAAAGCCAGAGAAAAUGCUGUUAAAGCUGAAACAUGGUCAUAUGAUACUAGAUCUACACACUUUUUUCGUCAUUCAUUUACUGCAACGUCACCUAAUUUAUUACAUGAUACAAGAAAUUUACUAUUUGAUCAACCUCGUGGGCGAAGUGAAACGAGAAAAAUGGAUAUGAAUUCAAGAAAUUUAGCACUUCCAAAUAAUAUUCCAGCAAGGUGUAUGAAUUAUUCUCCAAUACGAACUCCAUCACAUUCAUCACAAGUAGAUCGUACUGGAUCAUUUCAUUGGGUACCAGAUAUCCCACUUACAAGGGCCACGUUGAGCCCAAAUCAAGCAGCAAGUCUGAAUUUUAACAGACAUUUCCUUGUAUGUGUUGCGGGAAAAUCAACAAACGGUCCUCUUAAUCUGGAGAAUUUCAUCAUGCCACUACGGUUCCAUUGGCAGCGUGUUCGAGAUAUCGUGAUCUUGGGAGAUAGUCAUUUAAUUGGGCCGUUGGAAUGGGUGAAAUUAAAAAAUCUUCCAAGAAUAUUUAUCGUCGACGGUGAUCCAUGCAGUUUUAAUGAUCUACACUCAGUACAUUUAUGUCAAUGUAAUGCUUGUGUAGUGCUUGGUUACAGUGCGGAAGAGCCUCAUUCACAAUGUGUUGAUCCAAGUCUUCAAGACAGAGUAACAUUAUUAUGUGCAAUGAAUAUUCGAUCAUUAUUACAAAAAGAACAACAUUUGGUUCAUUUAACAACAGAAUUACAUUAUGAAAAAAAUGCCUACUUGUUCAGUUCAGGUGACAUACAUGAAAAUGAUUACAAAUUACCAGUAUGGUUUAGUGAACCAUUUGCUCGGGGGAUUAUUUUUAGCAACACUUUACUAUAUAGCUGUUUGAGUUCUUUCUUUUACAAUGAUAAUAUAUUUCGUUUCCUACGAGUUUUAAUUUCUGGACAGUCAACUGAUGAACUUGAAGCAUCAUUUUCUGUUGGAGCAGGUCUACAACAACAAGCAACACCACAGUCAGCUCGAAUGGCUGGCGUAAAAGUUUCUUUGAGGGGAUUUCGUCAUGCACCUUUCAAAUUCUUAACUCGAAUAUCACUUCGAAAGCCACUUACCUUUAAAGAUGUCUACAUUCGUUGUAUAACAUGUUGGCAGAUUCUAUGUCUUGGGUUGUAUAGAUGGCAAGAAAAUGGUUUCCGAUAUGUUAUUGCUAAUCCAAUGCCAGAUACUCAAAUUUAUGAAAAUGAUAUGUUUUAUUGUUUCAUGCCAAUUGAUCAGGAUGAUUCAAAUAAAAAUUGGAAAUUUUCCGAAGUUAUACAACCACAAAAUGAAAUUCACUUACAGAUACAACACCAAAGAUAAGAAGAGAAAACUCAUCAAGUUAAAAAAAAGCAUUUUUGCAGAUUUAAAAAUUAAAAAUAUGUUAAUCAGUGAUCAAUUUCAAUUGCAUACUUAUUAUUUAUAGAUGUAUAUUAGAAUCAUCCAACUAACAACCAUACAUGAACCACCCAUGUAAUACUUUCAAAAUUUUUCUUAGACACCAGUAAACAAAUUGCAGUAGUGUAUUCUAAUCAAGAAUAUAAUUAAUAAUUAAUGUAGAAAUAUGCUUCACACCACAUGUACAGAGAACAUUUAUUUUUUAACAUCAAUAUAUUUUACAUUGCUAACAUUACUUUCCAUUUUUCUAGUACAA